GGCCGUUUCUGAUUGUAGCUCUUGUCAUCUCCCUUGGCUCUCUCAUUCUUCAGCAGCAAGAACAGAGCAUCUGCAGUUCUUCUUUCUUCACAUCAAAAGGUCCGAUUUUUCCCGAUACAUCGGUAAACCGAAACAAUGAAUCCGAUUCUAACUAACUCUGUCAGCAUGUUUCGGUCUCUCUCGAAACCCACACACCAUCCUCUCCUCCAUAUCCGCCUCCUCUUCCUAUUCGUCCCAACCUAAAAUUUCAAAUCUCAAACUCUCACAAAUCAUGGGACCUUAAUUUUCAUUUUAGGUAAAAUUUAUUUAUUUAUUUUUUCUUCUGUUUUGCAAUGCCGGCUCAGUCGAUGGUUGAUGUUCUGACGGAGGACCUACUUGCCCGGGUCUAUGAGAAACUCGCCUCCGACUUGGAUCGUAAAACAUGGCGACUCGUUUGCAAGGAAUACCACAGAGUCGAUUUGGUGACACGCUCGACUCUUCGAGUGUUACGACUCGAGUUCUUGUUAAGUCUUCUACAGAAGUACGCAAACAUUGAGACCUUGGACCUCUCGGUGUGUCCUCGCAUUGACUGCGGGACUGUGUCGUUGCUAGUGAAUCGCAACGCUGUGGAUCGGGCGGCAUGGACUCAGGGGCUGAGGAAUUUGGUCCUGAGUCGCGCAAACGGAUUGAGAGCUCCGGGUCUGGGGAUGCUGGUGCAGGCUUGUCCGUGCCUGGAGUAUGUUGACGUUUCGUAUUGCUGGGCUUUCGGCGACAGGGAGGCUGCAGUGCUGUCGGGAGCGGCGCGGUUGAAGGUGCUGAAAAUGGACAAGUGCUUAGGAGUUAGUGAUGUUGGGUUGGCAAAGAUAGCUGUGGGGUGUGGUAGAUUGGAGGGGCUGAGCUUGAAGUGGUGCAUGGAGAUAACUGAUUUGGGUCUUGAUCUUUUGUGCAAGAAGUGUCGGACUUUGAAGUCUCUUGAUGUGUCCUAUUUAAAGGUGACGAAUGAAUCACUUUGUUCAAUUGCUUCUCUGCCUAAGUUGGAGGUUUUAACCAUGGUGGGUUGCCCUUUGGUGGAUGACACUGGUCUACAGUAUUUGGAAAAUGGCUGCCCUUUGCUACAAAUGAUUGAUGUAACAAGGUGCGAUUGUGUUAGUUCUUCCGGUUUAAUCUCUGUAAUCAGAGGACAUAAAGGCCUUUUGGAGCUCAGUGCAUGUUACUGCAUAUGGGAGCUCUCCACAACCUUUCUGAGCUGCAUGAAGGAUUUAAAUAAUCUGAACUCAAUUAGAAUUGAUGGAGCUCAAGUUUCGGACUCUACUUUCCAAGUUAUGAGUGCCAACUGUAAGUCUUUGUCUGAAAUUGGAUUGGGCAAGUGCAUAGGCGUGACCGACAGGGGCAUUAUGCAGCUAGUAUCCGAUUGUGUCAAUUUGAAGAUCCUAAAUCUGACAUGCUGCCACUCCCUUACUGACGCUGCAAUUUCUGCUAUAGCAAACUCUUGUAGGAAGCUUGCAUCCCUUAAGUUAGAGUCAUGUGAUAUGAUCACUGAGAAGGGUCUUUUUGAGCUGGGAUCUUAUAGCUUGCUACUUGAGGAGCUCGAUCUCACUGAUUGUCAUGGCGUAAAUGACAUAGGGCUUAAAUAUUUGUCGGGAUGUUCAGAAAUGUUGUGCUUGACAUUAGGACUUUGCACAAAUAUAUCCGACGAAGGACUGUGCCAUAUUGGUUCAAACCACCCAAAGCUUUUGGAAUUGGAUCUAUACCGCUGCACCGGUAUUGGAGAUGAUGGCUUAGCUGUGUUAUCAAAUGGCUGCAAAAAGUUAAAGAAACUCAACUUAUCAUACUGUAAUGGGAUUACUGAUAGAGGAAUGGAAUCAAUUGCCUAUUUUGAGGAGCUUUGUGACAUGGAGAUGCGGGGCCUCAAGAAAGUCACAGAUGUAGGUUUAAAGGCUGUUGCAGCUGGGUGUAAGAGACUAGCAGAUUUGGAUUUGAAACAUUGUGAUAAUAUUGAUGAUUUGGGCUUCUGGGCACUUGCCUACUAUGCACGGAACUUGCGACAGGUAAAUCUGAGUUUUUGUGCUUUGUCAAAUAUGGCAUUAUGCACGGUGAUGGGGAAUUUGACGCGCCUUCAAGACGCAAAGCUAGUGCAGCUCCCCAAUGUUACAGUGGAAGGGUUUGAACUUGCACUUAGGGCAUGCUCCGUCCGGAUCAAAAAGAUCAAGUUACUUGCUUCUCUCAGGUUAUGGCUUUCCUCAGAAACACUUGAAAUCCUACACAGUUCAGGUUGCAAGAUUAGGUGGGAUUAGCAGUGUGUAAUAUCGUCAGAUGCAUGUUUGAAACCAUAAACAAUCGUUUGUCACGGUUAUUGUUUUAACUUUUUACUAUAAUGUAUCUAUGCAUGUUGGCAUAAAGACUAUAUAUAGCAAUGUUUAAUAUUUCUUCUUUUUUUCGAGU